GAAAUUACUGUUAUUGUUACAAAGAAUCAAACCGAAACAGGCAAAAAGGCUGACUUGGAACUGGCAAGUACAUCAAGAAAGCUGCUGUAAGCCAAACAAACUCAAAAGAAAGACCAUGGAAGAGGAAGAGUCCUCAACGAGGAGGUCGGCAUCACCUCCUCCAAUCGCCAAUAAUACGAAUGAAUCACCGACAUCGUCGUCAUGUUCGCUGAAUGUUUUGUGUGGCAUUUGUAAUGAGUUUUACCGGCCGAAUGAUAUCAUUUUUUCGACAUACUGCGGUCAUGUUUUUCACAAGGAUUGCCUCACCCGAUGGCUAUAUCGGUCACAGACCUGCCCCCAAUGCCGAACCAAUUGUCAUCGAAAUCGCAUUCAUCGCGUAUUUCUGAACUUCUCAGAACGGACAGAGGUGGAUUUUGAGGAUCCACCUAAGUCAUUUAUCCAAUGGGUACCCAUGGACUUAGACGCGCAGGCACCGAGAGAUUCCCACCUGCCGCCGGAAGGUGCCAUACAAAGUGGAACUGAUGAUGCAGGGAAUGAGACGUAUGUUGCCCGAGUCUAUUUGCAUGAAGAUCUCUUGCCUGGCGGAUAUGCACCAUUGAAGAAGGCAAUGCAAGCUCCAUGGAAUUGCAGAGGUCACACUCUUACUGAUGAGGUAGAGAUUCUGAUUUUAACUGAUUGUGACUAUAGUUGGGAAACGGGAGCAUAUGGAGCUGUUCCAGCAAAUGCUCUUCGUGCCGGGUAUUCUGAGCUGGGUGAGGGUCUGUAUGCAGCUCGUGGCAUACAUGAAGGGCUGACCCUGCUGGGUAAGGUGCAUCCUUCGCAUAGAGUAAUGUACAUGCCAUAUCGUGGCCAGGAAGUGAGUUCACCGACUUAUGAAGUUCUGACCGUGAGACCCAGAGAGCAGGCAGAGCGUUGAGCAAGGAGGUUAUAAUUUAAAAAGCUAAAAUCUCAAUUUGUUUUCAAAAAAUGUAAGUUACCCGGUUUUAAAUAAAUGUGAUAUAAUUUAAAUAUA